AUGAGUAAGACGGAGGAUUUACUUGCCGAGCUGUUCACAGCGUACACAUAUGAGGGGGAUUUGGCUCGUAUGGAGUGGAUUUUUGCAAAAGCAAUCUUUCCGCUCCAAAAGUACAGCUUCGAGGUUCCUCCGGUUCACAUAGCAGUCGCCAAUGGCAACGUAAAUACAUUGGACUAUCUCUUCGAAAAGGGCUUUAAUUUUAACGUGGCUGACCCAGCGAUUCACGGUGGGACGGUAGUGCAUAGAUGCGCUGCAAGCAAUGACCUCGAAAUGUUGACGUGUCUCCUUAAAAGAAAGGCCUACCUCGACCUGGAUGCAGUCGACAACCAUGGCAGGACACCUCUUCACAUAGCGUGCAUCAAGGGUCAUCCAGACAUAGCCCAUGUCCUAAUUGAGUCUGGAGCUAAUGUCACUACACUCGAUAUAGAUGGUAAAUCGCCGCGGUACUAUGCAGACAUUAGUAGAUUGAGCUCUGUCUCUGCUCGCCUGCCCCCAUUUCGGUACGACUGGGAAGCUACUGCCAAGCGGAAAGCAGAAGAAUCAAGAAGAAACUUGUUGUAUACAGAAGCUAAUGUUCACACAAGAUUGUCCUCUGCCGCCACACCUCGAAAGCCCAAAUCUACAUGCAGACAAUCAAAGCAGCAUUAG